AUGGGAGGAAGUGGAUCCAAAGCCAAAGGUGUUUGGCCUUUCUCAGGCAGCGCAGGCGAUUCAGGCAGUGAUGGGAACGAGCAGUCCGUGGCCCGUCUCAAAGGCUCCAAGAAUACACCACCAUUUGUUUUUACCAGGAGGAGUUCCUUGUACUAUGACGAGGAUGGCGACCUUGCCCAUGAAUUCUAUGAAGAGACGGUGGUGACAAAAAAUGGCAGAAAAAAGUCCAAGUUGAAGAGGAUUCAGAAGAAUCUGAUUCCACAGGGAAUUGUGAAGCUCGACCACCCGUGUAUUCAUGUAGACUUCCCCAUCGUCCUCUAUGAGAUGUGAAUGUUGGCUGAUCUACUAUGAGGCGCAGACAGAGUCUCUCCUGGUGAAGUCUUGAUCCAGUCCCAAGCGUUGUGGUCAAGCCUGGACCUGUGCUCCGGAGAGACAAAGGAAAAUUCAAACUGUCAAAUUAAGAUGAGACAUUGAAUGAAAUGUUAUACAUUUUAAUUCAACUAUGGUCAAAGAGUGCCCCGUUCACUUAGUAUUCAUAAUUUGCUUUUCACAGAAACAGUCACGGUACAGGUUGUGUUCCCACUACCCAGCUGAAAUGUAAGCAUUCUUAGAGGAUACUUCAGAUGAAGUUGUAUUUCUCUGGUGAGUUCUUUUGCAGGGAAAAAGACAUCCUCGAUGUGAAAAGGCUUUAAUGGUUCAUGCCUUCUGUGAGAUGGUAGGCUCUGUAUGUGUCUUUGUACGUGUACAGUACAUGUUGUUAGUUUUGUUCGGAUGAAGGUGUGGAAGAAAGAUGUGGGAUGUAGCUACAGGGUAGGACUAAUGAAGGAUUGUGAAUUUUAUUGUACAUACGGUCUUGUUCUGUGUUGUCGCGUCUGAGUCUUUCUCAGUUACUGGAGCUCAGACCUGCACUAGUGAACAUAAUGUACUGUAAAUAACUUCAGAUUUCUUAGUUGGAAAUACUUGAAUAAAUGGUUUACUGAGCUGA